CGGGCGGAAUCCCGGCGCGCUGCAAGGCUUGGAGGCGGGGGCACCGCGGCAUUGGUAUCUGGAUCGAGGGGUGACGGUGCCAUGGCGCCUGGUUGCAAAACUGAGUUACGGAAUGUGACAAAUACUCAGACUAACCAACCAAGUAACGAAGGCGAUGCCAUCAAAGUUUUUUUGCGAGUUCGUCCACCUUCAGAGGGUCCUGGAUUAGCUGAUGGAGAGCAAAGCUUAUGCUUAUCUGUGCUCUCCCCCACAACUCUCCGCCUGCACUCCAAUCCUGAGCCCAAGACCUUCACGUUUGAUCAUGUUGCAGACAUGGACACCACUCAGGAGUCUGUGUUCUCAACUGUGGCCAAAAGCAUUGUGGAGUCUUGCAUGAGUGGUUACAAUGGCACCAUCUUUGCCUAUGGACAGACUGGCUCAGGGAAAACAUUUACAAUGAUGGGACCAUCUGAAUCUGAUCAGUUUUCUCAUAACCUGAGAGGAGUAAUCCCACGAAGUUUCGAAUAUUUGUUUUUCUUAAUCGAGCGUGAAAAAGAGAAGGCUGGAGCUGGAAAGAGUUUCCUUUGUAAGUGUUCCUUUAUUGAAAUCUACAAUGAGCAAAUAUAUGACCUACUGGACUCUGCAUCGGCUGGACUGUAUUUAAGGGAGCAUAUCAAGAAGGGAGUCUUUGUUGUUGGUGCAGUGGAGCAGGUGGUAACCUCAGCUGCCGAAGUCUAUCAGGUGUUGUCUGGAGGAUGGAGAAACAGACGUGUGGCAUCGACAUCAAUGAAUAGAGAAUCCUCUAGGUCUCAUGCAGUCUUUACAAUUACUAUAGAGUCAAUGGAGAAAAGCAAUGAGACUGUGAAUAUACGGACUUCCCUACUCAAUCUGGUGGAUUUAGCAGGAUCCGAAAGGCAAAAAGAUACCCACACAGAAGGGAUGAGGUUGAAGGAAGCAGGUAACAUAAACCGAUCAUUGAGCUGCCUGGGUCAAGUGAUUACUGCACUUGUCGAUGUGGGCAACGGGAAACAGAGACAUGUUUGCUACAGAGACUCCAAACUUACCUUCCUACUACGGGAUUCCCUUGGAGGUAAUGCCAAAACAGCCAUAAUUGCAAAUGUUCAUCCUGGAUCCAGGUGUUUUGGAGAAACCCUAUCAACGCUUCAUUUUGCUCAAAGAGCCAAGCUGAUUAAAAACAAGGCAGUGGUAAAUGAAGAUACCCAAGGAAAUGUGAGCCAGCUGCAAGCUGAAGUGAAGAGGCUCAAAGAACAACUGGCCCAGCUUACUUCAGGGCAGGUACUAUCAGAAAGCAUUCAGAUCAGAGACAAUGAGAAGGCUAGUUACAUGAACUAUUUCCGAGAGGCAAUGUUAUUCUUUAAGAAAUCUGAACAGGAAAAGAAGUGUCUGUUAGAAAAAAUUAGCCAACUAGAAGACCUCACCCUCAAAAAAGAAAAAUUUAUUCAAUCAAAUAAAAUGAUUGUGAAAUUCCGAGAAGAUCAAAUAAUGCGCCUGGAGAAGCUCCACAAGGAAACCCGGGGAAGUUUUCUGCCUGAGGAGCAGGACCGUUUGCUCUCAGAAUUAAGGGAUGAGAUUCAAACUCUGCGAGAACAAAUAGAUCACCACCCAAGAGUUGCAAAGUACGCUAUGGAAAACCAUUCCCUCAGGGAGGAGAAUAGAAAACUGAGAUUGUUAGAGCCUGUGAAAAGAGCCCAAGAAAUAGAUGCCCAGACCGUUGCAAAACUAGAAAAAGCUUUCUCCGAGGUAUCUGACACAGAGAAAAUCGACAAAGGUCAGCAAGGAUACUCUCCUAAAGCUCCGAAAGAGCAGUGUUCAUUGGCAAACAGUGAGAAGUUAAAAACACAGCUCCUACAAAUUCAGACAGAACUGAAUAAUUCAAAACAAGAAUAUGAAGAAUUCAAAGAAUUAACUAGGAAAAGGCAGUUAGAAUUGGAAUCAGAGCUUCAAUCUUUGCAAAAAGCAAACUUUAAUCUUGAAAACCUCUUGGAAGCAAUCAAAGCCUGCAAGCGGCACGAAGUUUCUCAGCUGAAUAAAAUUCAUGCUGAAACAAUUAAGAUUAUAACUACACCGACUAAGGCUUAUCAGCUUCGAUCUCGACUCGUACCAAAAUUAAGCCCUGAAAUGGGGAGCUUUGUGUCUGUAAACACUCAGAAUUCUAGCAAAUUGGAUAAUGAUAUCUUAAAUGAGCCAGUUCCACCUGAGAUGAGUGAACAAGCUUUUGAAGCUAUUUCUGAGGAGCUUAGAAUAAUGCAGGAACAAAUGAGUGCUCUCCAAGACAAGGUGGAUGAAAAAGAGCAUAAAAACCUGAAACUUCAACAGCAUAUUGACAAACUGGAACAUCAUUCUACACAAAUGCAAGAGCUUUUCUUAUUAGAAAGAAAUGAUUGGACCAAAAAGCAGCAGGAGCAUCUCUCACAGUUAAAUGUCCUUGAAAAGCAGCUGCGAGAAACUGAAACUAAGAAUGACUUUUUGAAAAGUGAGGUGCAUGACCUGCGAGUGGUUCUUCAUUCUGCAGACAAGGAGCUGUCUUCAGUGAAGUUGGAAUAUAGUUCAUUCAAAGAGAGUCAGGAGAAAGAACUUAACCAACUUUCAGAAAAACACAUGCAUGUACAGCUUCAACUGGAUAAUGUCAGAUUAGAAAAUGAAAAGCUUCUUGAGAAGAAAGCCUGCCUGCAGGAUUCCUAUGACAACUUACAGGAAGUAAUGAAGUUUGAAAUGGACCAACUUUCCAAAAAUCUCCAAAGCUGCAAAAAAGAGAAUGAAACUCUGAAAUCUGAUCUGAGUAAUUUGAUGGAGUUUUUUGAGGCAGAAAAAGAACGCAAUAACAAAUUAUUAUUACAGUUUGAAGAAGAUAAAGAAAACAGUUCUAAAGAAAUCUUAAAAGUUCUGGAUACUGUUCGCCAGGAGAAACAGAAAGAGAUGACCAAAUGUGAGCAGCAGAUGGCACAAAUACAGAAACUAGAAGAGAAUUUACUUGCUGCUGAAAAAGUAAUCAGUUCUCUGGAAAAAUCUAGAGAUGCUGACAAGGAAGUUGUGGCUGGCCUCAUGAGCCAGAUCCAGGAACUAAGAACAUCAGUCGCUGAGAAAAUGGAAAUUAUAGACACCCUUAAGCAAGAACUGAAGGACAUCAGUUGCAAAUACAACUCAGCUUUGGUUGACAAAGACGAGAGCCGGGUGCUGAUUAAGAGGCAGGAAGUGGAGAUUCUCGAUCUGAAAGAAACCCUUAGACUGAGAAAACUCUCUGAGGACAUAGAGAGAGAUAUGCUCUGUGAGGAUCUGGCUCAUGCCACUGAGCAGCUGAACAUGCUCACAGAGGCCUCGAAGAAGCACUCGGUGCUACUACAGUCUGCCCAGGAGGAGCUGACCAGGAAGGAGGCCCUCAUCCAGGAACUUCAGCACAGGCUAAAACAAAAGAGAGAGGAAAUAGAACAGAAGAAGAAUGAAUAUAACUUCAAAAUGAGGCAACUAGAACAUGUGAUGGAUUCUGCUGCUGAGUAUCCCCAGAGCCCUAAAACACCACCUCACUUUCAAACACAUUUGGCAAAACUUCUGGAAACACAAGAACAAGAGAUAGAAGAUGGAAGAGCCUCAAAGAUUUCUUUGCAACACCUUGUAACAAAGCUAAAUGAAGACAGAGAAAUAAAAAACACUGAAAUCCUCAGAAUGAAGGAGCAGUUGUGUGAAAUGGAAAACUUACGCCUGGAAGCUCAGCAGUUAAGGGAGAAAAACUGGCUCCUGCAAGGUCAGCUGGAUGAUACUGAAAGACAAAAGGACAGGAGUGAUCAGAAUGAUCCAGACAAUGAACAGCUGAAGAAUGAACAAGAAGAAAUUAUCAAAGAAAGAUCUGCUAAAACUAAAAUGGUUGAAGAAAUGCUGAAAAUGAAAGCAGACCUAGAGGAAGUCCGAAAUGUCCUUCAGAACAAAGAGAUGGACUGCCUGAGAAUGUCUGAGGAACUUGAACGAACUAGAACUUUGGAGUCUAAAGCAUUCCAGGAAAAGGAAGAACUGAGAUCAAAGCUGGAAGAAAUGUAUGAAGAAAGGGAGAGAACAUUCCAGACAAUGGAAACGUUAAGGAAGCAGGUGGCAUAUCUCGCUGAGGAAAAUGGAAAGUUGGUAGGUCACCAAAACCCACAUCAGAAGAUUCACUACGUAGUACGGCUGAAGAAGGAAAAUGUCAGACUGGCUGAGGAGUCAGAAAAGUUGCGUGUUGAGAAUAUCUUCUUAAAAGAAAAGAAAAAGAAUGAAUCAUAAUGACCCUGGUCAACUACCUAUCUUGCUUGGAGAUUUUUUUUCUGUUAUAAAAGUAAGACCUACUCUUGUCCCCUCAAAAGAGCUGAGUUGAGAACUUUAAUUACUGAAUCUGACAGUGAUGGCUGACCCUCAAGUUUUUAACAAGCAUUUCGUAAUCACAUGUGACCUGUGGCUGUCUGCUGUUAACAGGCUACCAUCUCAUUUCAAGGCUUUUAAUCAAUUGUAAAUACUGUGAAACCCUUGCCUUUUUUUAAAAUAAAAGGCUGUGGCUAAGGUUUUCCAUGGAUGUAGGGUCAGAGCAGACAUUUUCUCCCUAGAUAAUGCCAUAAUCUCCUUUAAAUCUUACAUUAAAACCUCUAACAACAUAAAGUGGUUCCAAAACAAUAUAAAGUAGGUUUGAUGGCUAAUUUUGCAGCAUGUAAAAAGCAGACUUGUUAAUAUAGAUUAUUUUUGUAUUUCAACUUUGAGUAUUUUCAUGACCAUUUACUAUGACUGUAAAUAGGCCAUUUUUCCAAUGUA